AUGCUCAUAAGUUGUCAGGUUAGGCUACAAGCUCAAGCAGGCAUCAAUUCGCCUGGCCUAGUGGAUGUGUGCACAGGCAUCUUCAAACAAGAAGGGUUGUCCGGAUUCUACAGUGGAUUGUCAGCGAGUCUGGUGCGUCAGGCCACUUAUUCGACGAUCAGAUUCGCGGUGUAUGAAGAUGUGAAGCAAAGGUUCGGGCCCAGCCCAGAUGCAUUUGUGCUAGGGAUCAUUGCGGCUUGUUCCGGGUUCGCAGGAGGUCUGGCUGGCAACUUUGCUGAUGUCGUGAACGUGCGCAUGCAGAACGACAGUGCAUUGCCAGAGGCGCGGCGCAAGAAUUAUCGAAAUAUCUUUGACGGCGUAAUAAGGAUAGUUCGCGAAGAAGGAGCAGCAAGCUUGAUGAAGGGGUGGAUGGUCAACUGCACUCGAGCCACGGCUCAAACCACGGCACAACUGGCGACUUACGAUGUGAUCAAGCGAUAUCUGAUGGAACACACAAGCCUCCAAGGAGAGUGGUCAUCUCAGUUGACAGCUUCAUUCCUGGCAGGACUAGUGGCCACGACGGUGACGAAUCCGAUUGAUGUGACCAAGACACGCAUCAUGUCCACAACCGAAGCAGAGGGUUUGUUUGCUGUGGUGAGGACCAGUUUCCAGAAGGAUGGACUUGGGUGGAUGUUCCGGGGAUGGCUGCCAAGUUUCUCUCGAAUUGGACCGUAA